AUGACUGAGGUGUGUCCGCCAGCAUUUCUUGUUCUGUGUGUACAACUCGUCAUCGGUGUCCUUCUACAAACUAUGUUGGCUGGUAUCGUUGUUGCUAAAGUGCUACGGCCGAAAAAAAGACGUCAAGAGAUUCGUUUCUCACAAAUAGCAGUGGUAGGUCCAGUGGAUGAGCAUGAUAACCGCCCAACACUCAUGAUCCGAAUAGCAGACAUUCAGAAACGAUUGUAUUUGGCUGAAUCGCAUGUUCGACUCUACAUGGCUUGCAAUCGAAUCAAUCAACAAGGUCUUCGCGAGCUGGUCGGUAUAAAGGAUAUGAACGUCGGUUACGACAGUGGCUGGGAUCGAGUUCUCAUGUUAUGGUUUGUAUUCUGA